AUGGGCACCAAACGAUCCUGGGAAGGCCAGCCAGUGGGACUGCAUGUCAAGUCAGAAAUGAAUACCUCAGAGUCGGCCAAUUCGAUCCUGUCGAUCUUCGAGAACUUCCGCAGUGAGCUCGACGAGCAUCACGACCGCCGCGAGCGCAUCAUCAAGACCAGUCGCGACAUUACCGCGCUGAGCAAGAAAAUCAUCUUCGCGCUCCAACGCGUACGCGCCACCAAUGCCCCCAUCCCUCCCAAGAUCGCGAAGGAAAACCAAACCCGUCUCGAACAAAUCACCACCCUCUUCACGAAUAUCGUCCCCGAUCUUCAGGGAAUCAAUGCCUGGCGCUACCGCUCAAUCAGCAGCGGUAUCCAAGAAUACAUCGAAGCCAUCGCCUUCGAGCACUACCUCCGCACGCAAACCCUCAUCACCCACGGAGAAGUAUGUGCCCGAGUCCCCACCGGCAUCCUGGUUACGGAAGAAGAUUAUCUGCUCGGUCUUUUUGACCUGACAGGCGAAAUGAUGCGAUUUGCCGUCUUGGCUCUCAGCUCCGGUAAUGCCAGCACCUCAACAUCCACAGAAACACAGACUGCAGAGACGACGAAGCAAUUGCCUCAUCUCUCCGCUUCACAGGCUGGAAUAGUGUUCGAUCUGCGAGCUAUGCGUGCUAGUUUUGAGGAGUUGACUGUACCCAGGAAACACAACAUGCUUCGGGACUUACUGAAGAAGGUCGAGGUGAUGCAGAAUAGCGUGGAAAAGGUCGAACGAGCGGCAUAUGGUAUUCUGGUGCGUGGUAGUGAACGACCAAGCGGGUGGACUCCGGAUCUUUCUGUCCCUGUUGAGGUCGGAGUUGAAUGA